GUUAUGACAGAGAGCAGCUUGUCAACGGCGGGUGUGGCAGAAAAUGAAAUCGUAUAGACAUUGGUUUAUUGUUUUCCAAUGUAUAACAUCUUUGUUUGUACGGGGAACUUCCAGUGCUCAGUGUUGGCUAAAUGGGGACGAACUGAGCCUGGAAAACACAAAUGGAACAAGUGCUUCCCUGAGACGGAAAGAAGGGCUUCUGACGUGCCCUGGUCCAGGUGACCCUAGUCAUUAUACAGAGUGCUGUUGGGAUUCACGUUAUCAGUGCUGCCCUGUCCAGUCAGCAGUGUCAAUGGAUGAUCAGCUUGUGAAGGUUGUUGGUGUUGCUGUCAUAUCCUCCUGCCUACUCCUGACUGUGGGUACUAUUGUCUGCUGCUUCUGGAGCCGGUGCCCUCUCUACAAUGCCUGUCGCAUCAACUACACACAUGGCACCAGUAUAGCAUAUGCCAAAGAUGAUGAUGUAGCAAAUGGAAUAAUGCCUCCAGAAGAAAAAAGCAAUCAGCAUCACUAUACACCAAAUGCUGUAAACAUCAAACAAUUUGAAAAUGUCUAGAUCUCAGUGAUUAAUG